GGUGGCGGCGGACAAGAUGGCGGCGCGCGGCGAGGACCGGGAGGCUCCGGAGGCGCCUUCGCCGCCCCCCCCGGGCCCGGGCGGCGGCGUCAACGUGUUCGCGAAUGACGGCAGCUUCCUGGAGCUGUUCAAGCGCAAGAUGGAGGCGGAGGAGCAGCAGCGGGAGCGCGAGGCGGCGGCGGCGGCCGCGGAGGCGUCCGGCGGUGGCGGCGGCAGCACCGGGCUCGGCCCGCAGCGCGGGGCCGACGGCGCGAAGAGGAGCGGCGGCGCGCUCAGCUUCGUGGGGCGGCGGCGGGGCGGCAACAAGCUGGCCCUGAAAACCGGAGUGGUGGCCAAGAAGCAAAAGACGGACGAGGAGGUGGCAACCUUCCAGAACCCCUGA